UCAAUGAAGUGCCCUGAUUUCACGAUUAAAUCGCAACAAACAGAUAACAUGUAAUCUAUAUAGCCGCAGGGUCGAGGGUUCGACCCCUGGACGAGGAUUCUCCUUUCACAGGAAAAUGGCGAGCGAACGGAGAGUGAUCGAACACAUCGUGUUAUUCAACGUAAAAGAAGGCGCGGCACAGGAAGAAAUAAACGCGUGGCUGUCUGCCCUAAAUGCGCUCGAUUCGCUGGAGUGCGUAGAAUACCUGCGCGCAACUCCAGCCGUGGCCACAAAUUCAUCCAACAAAUUCACGCACGCACUGUACGGGCGCUACAGGAGCCGCGAGGCCUUGGCUCAAUACUCAGACCAUCCCUGCCACGUGGCCGUCGUGCAGGGCCACCGUGUCGUAGAAGAUAAACUCGCACUGGACUGGGAGGCGCCUGAAGAUCGGUCUUGGUUCGAAUCCUGCCAUGCUCUUCGCAUCGAGCUUCUCAAGCCCCGGCUCGAUCUGGAGCAAGCUGAGCGCACAGAAGCUUCUGAGGUUCUCAGCGGGUACAACUUAUUUCCUAGGGUUUUAUCGGCUAGUUUUGGGGAGAAUAUUUCUCCUGAGCGAGCCAAGGGAUUCGGCUGGGGUUUUCUCUGUGCGUUCAGGGCUUUCGACGAUCUGCAGGAGCUCAGCAACAAUGAGGAGCAUGUGAGAAUUCAUGAGGACAAGGUUAUACCCAAGGUACAAGAAACCCUAAUUAUGGAAUGCCGUCUUGAGAUUCUCUGAAAUUUCAUAGUCCCUGUUCUCAGAUAAUUAUUAUAUUGUAAAAGAAAUUGUUUAACUGGUUAAUUUUUAUUUAUCUAAUAUAUAUAUUUUUUAUUAUUA